CAGUGAAGCGAUGUUCAUUGUUCUACCAACUUUUUGCUGAUUAGAUUUAUAUUCUUCACAGUGUAUUAUUCAGUUUACGAUGCCGCUUACUUAAAAUCCACGACAGCAGCGCAGAAGGCUGAACUGUGAGGAAGAAGAAGCAGGUGGAGAUGAGGUAGUGUCAUUGGGGGAAGCUCGGAGCUGAAAUGGGGGGAUGAAAAGUCAAAACGCGCUCAGAGCGGCGUGACGGAGGACUUGCUGGGAGGACAGAGCGGAGGGUGCAGUCACCGGCCGGUGUGGAAGCACGAAGGCAGGCAGAUCCGCGCUGAGGACGGGUCUUUAACCUCUCGGCCUGACCGAGGCUUUGGUUGAAAAUUGUGGGCAGCUGCAGCGGCAGAGCCCCCUGAAGGCACCAUGGCUGUGUCGGUGCGGAGCUGGGUCGCCAACGAGGGAGGGAAACACUUGGUCCUGAUGCUGUGGCUGGGAGCCAACACCUGGUUAUUCCUCAACACUUUCCUGUUAUACUCCACCGGGCAGCAGUACCACUACCUCUACAAGAUGCUCGGGCUUGGACUGUGCAUCAGUAGGGCGUCUGCAUCCGUGCUGAACCUGAACUGCAGCUUGGUGCUGUUGCCCAUGUGCCGGUCACUGCUCACUUUCGUACGAGGAGCACACAAGGUAUCUACCAGAAGGACACGCAGGCUGCUGGACAAGAGCAAGACCUUUCAUGUUGCAUGUGGUGUUGCUAUCUGCAUCUUCUCUGUUGUGCACGUUUCAGCCCACCUGGUGAAUGUCGUCAACUUCAGCAUGAGCUACUCGGAUGAAUUUCCUGCACUCAAUUUGGCUCGCUACAGAGGAGAGGACCCCAAAGUGAUUAUUUUGACCACAAUCCCAGGAGUCACUGGUGUGGUGUUGGUUCUCAUCCUCCUCUUGAUGUUCAUGUCCUCCUCUUAUUGUGUACGGAUGUCCAACUAUGAGAUCUUUUGGUACACACACAACCUCUUUAUUGUCUUCUACAUUAUCCUGAUGGUGCACAUGGUCGGUGGGGCUCUGAAGUAUCAGACCAACAUAGAGGCCCACCCGCCCGGCUGCCUCAGAGCCAGUCAGAACAGCUCCGAGCAGCAGGACGAAGAUCUGGACCAGGCUGAAGAUGAAAAGAGCAGAUGCAGGGAGGAUGCUCACUUCCAGCCACCCAUCCCUCAGACUUGGCUUUGGGUAUCUGGUCCUCUCUGUUUGUACUGUGUGGAGCGUGUAUACCGCUACAUCCGGAGCAGUAACCCUGUUACCAUAGUGACAGUAAUCAGGCAUCCUUGUAAUGUCAUCGAGUUGCGAAUGCUGAAGAAGGACUUUAAAGCUCAACCUGGGCAGUACAUUGUUCUUAACUGUCCAGGUGUGUCGUCUUUUGAGAACCAUCCCUUCACGCUGACAACAUGCCCCACGAUGAACAGGGAAACUUUUGGCAUCCAUUUGCGGGUCGUGGGAGACUGGACUGAGCGCUUCACACAGCUGUUACUUCCUCUGCCAAAGAUAGCCGUGGAGAUCCUCCCAGUAGUUCAACAGAGGAGAUAUCCCAAACUUUACAUUGAUGGCCCGUUUGGAAGUCCAUCAGAGGAGGUCUUCAACUACGAUGUCAGCCUUUGUGUUGCUGGAGGAAUAGGAGUCACGCCGUUUGCCUGCAUGCUGAAUGCGCUGCUUGACGACUGGAAGAGUUUCAGGUUGCAGAGGUUGUACUUUGUGUGGGUCUGCAGGGAGCUCCAGUCUUUCUACUGGUUUGCGGAGCUGCUAUGUGCUCUGCAUCAAAAGCUUUGGCAGGAAAACAGACCAGACUACUUUAAUCUGAGACUGUAUGUCAGUCAAACAGACAACCUGCAGGGCAUGUUUGAGGAGCGGUAUCGUCCACUCACAUCAAGACUGCAAGUUGGUCGACCCAGGUGGAAGUUGCUUCUCAAUGAGAUCGGAAAGAGCAAUAAACAUAAGCGAGUUGGGGUUUUCUGUUGUGGACCAAAGGGCAUCUCAAGGACCCUGCACAGACUGUGUAACUCAGCUCAAUCCUGCGGAACAGCCUUUGAAUUCAACAAGGAAUCGUUCAGCUGACUGAACAUCACAGCCAGGUGGAUGUUUUUUGUUUCCAUGCAGUUUGGAACAACACUUCUUUAGCUGGAUGUUUGAACUUGUGUGCACAUCUGUAAAUCUGUAAACUGUUAGGUGACAUUUGACAUUUAUGAAACUAUCCAAAAAACCCUCAAAACAAAGACAAAGCUUAGCUCACUGCAUGAGGCCCGUUCCUCUUUACAGAUCAGCCUGACUUCCUGCUGAAGGCUUUAGCUGCAUCAGCUUCAGCAUGUGAUCCAUUCAACACGUGGGAAAAGCAGAAGAAACCAGCUCCUUGUUCGAAGUUUCCAUUCAUGUUUUAUUUUUCUCAAGCUGCUGUGUUUCCUCUACGCACCCCUCUGUGAAGGACAUUUGUCUUCAUGCACGAGUUAAAUGUGAUGAAAGCAUCUCAACUCAACCUGCAGUUCUCUGACUACAAACAAGAUAUACCAGAGGGAAUCCAUUUUUCCAGGGCUCAAACAUCACUCAGGGAUGAGAGACAAGCAGGCUUUAUACAAGGUGGAGCCACAUGAAUGAUUCCAGAGUAGCAUCUGCCAGACUUCUUUAUCCUUUAUUUGACCUCUGACUUGCACCAAAAAGGCUCUAAUCUUGAUGUUAUAUUUACUUAUAGAGCCAAGCCCUUACUAAGUGCCACUUAAAGUUCAACUUUAAUGUGUGUCUUUAGAUUAAAGGGGAAUGAAUAAUCACAUUUUAUGGGAUUUUUUACUGUAAUAAAAAACUAGUUUUAAUAGCAUCCAUCCCCUAAAUGCUCAAGUCUUAGCCAUACUAUCUAAAUGUAAACCCAACACAAUGCAGCUGUUGAAAAUAAUAAUUAAUUCAUUGCACCAUCCUUGGCAUUAGUUUUAUUAUUAUCAAAAUCCUCAUGAAUGUCUUUCAGUGUUGGAAGACUGACACAAUGUAUAGAAGCAAGCAGGGGGGACAGGACCUCAGCUCUAGCUUCAGAGUAGUGCUGGGUCUUAAUGUCCAACUAUCACGGCAGAAUUUAUAAACCACCUGGAGGGGAGUAUCACUUUGGACUCAGUAUUAUUCCUUUUAAAAGAGGUAAAGAAUUAGUGGACACAUAAUGCUGCCUUUCUUUUUGUUUUGCUGUGGGUUCAGCGUUCUUAUUUGUGUACCAAAGAUUUGCCAUUUACAAAGCAAUACUCCACAUAUCAAGCCAGUGUUUCUAUAUUUUUUCUCAUAUGCAGGGUUUGGCAAUUAGUCUGCAAAGUGUCAAUAUUUUUAUGUAUGUUUGUCUAAAGAGUAAAAGUACUGAUGUGACAAUGUUUUCUUUUUUAAAGAUUCUUCACAUUUUUGCAAAAGAAACAGCUCUAUUAUUUCAAAAUGUUAUUUUAAUUAUAAAUCUGAUAAAGAUGGAAAUGCUAAAUUGUAUGCAUAUGUUGGGAAUUUUCUUUGUUUCCAAGAG